AAUGAACAUCAAAGGGAUGCUAUUGUUUAUAUAUAUCUUAUGUACUUCUAUUCUUCCAACGUAUCAACAGAAAUUAGUAGAUUAUUUGCCUCAAACAAUUUCUCAGGCGGUUAGUCGUUGUUCCGAGGAGAGCAACGUUAUUGGAAUACCAACUUUUAGCGCAGUUCUAUCUUCCAAGUUUUCUCAAAGAUUAGAACAGUUCAGAAAGCAAAAGUUCACUCUCAAACCUAUCUUUCUUUUAAAUUAUACUGGAAUGCCUUCAACUGAACAACGUACAGAGAGUGGCAUGCCAAUCAAUUUAACAAAGACACGCAGUAGCGACCCAAAGUGUGUUUCGUUUAAUAAAAAUGGAAAAUUUAAAGAAGAAGAUUGUCUUCAGACUCAAUAUUUUUUAUGUGAAGAAUUCGCUAAUGCUACCAGUAACAAACAAUGUUCAAAUCUGUACAUUGAACCGAAUGCUCAGCAAAGAAAUUGGAUAGACGCUAGGGAGGAAUGUAGAAAAAGAAAUAGGUCAUUGAUUGAGAUUAUCUCUGUCGAGAUGGAGCAAAUCGUUGAGAAUUAUUUGAAAUCUAGAAAUAUUUAUUCAAUAUGGACGGGUGUAUCUAAUAUAAUUUGGCAAGAAGUCAUUGAUGAUAAGGAUUUAAAAAACAAAUUAUGUGUGGUAUAUUCAGAACAAAAACAGAUUUUUGAAUUAUUUAAAUGUACGACAUCAUUCCUACAUUUGACUUUGAAACCAAUUGAAUUGGUUUGCCAAGAAAGCAAUUUUUCAGUAGAAGAUGUGAAAGAACCGAAUUAUAAUAGUCGAUUAAAGCUAUGUGAACGUACAAUUGAAAAAGAAACUAGUAGUACUGAAGAAUCAACAAUAAAAUUAGUGAUAACAACAACAUCAAAUGAGAAAAAGACAUCUUCAAGUGCAACUUUAAUAAUUGCAAUUUUAACUUCCAUCUUAGUUAUAGUUGUAAUUGUAUUUAUUGCUUUAUUUAUAGUUCUAUUUAGACGAUUUAGGAAAAAAAAUUACGAAAAUAAUAUCUACGUAAAUGAUAUUAACCGUCAAGAUAUAAAUGGAAACUCAAAAAGAAUUUUUGGAGAAUUUGAUCAGGAUAGAAAAUAUGCAAAUAUUAAUUUAGAUAGUCCUUCAAAAGUUAAUGACCCAAGCAAAAAGGAAAGUGUUAGUGAAACAUCAGAUACUGAAGGAAAGAAGAACUAUGGAGAGAAAGAGGAUAAGGAUAAAGAUGGAAAAAGAAUGGUAGAAACGCCUAAAUCUGAAAUUGUAAAUGAGAAUGGAAGAGAAAAGAAAAAACGGAAAAAAAUAGUAAAACCGACAAAAACUGAAAGUAAAACUACUGGAGGUUACGAAGAAGUUAGUUUGCAUAAUGAAAAGAAAACGCCUGCAAAGAAUUCAGGAUAUGAAGAAGUAAAUGAGAAACAAUAUUCUAAAGAAACUGACAAAAAUAAACUUAAAUUGGAUAGAGACGAUAUGACAAACCGAUUAAUACCAUCAGCUCCAAUUGAUGAUUCUAUAGAAAUGACGAAAAAACAAGCAACUUCUUCAGAAUACGAAGAAGUAGGUUUAGAAAAUCCUUCGCCUGAAACCAAAGAAAAAAAAGGAAUAAUCAAAGACAGAGGUGGUUACGAAGAAAUAGGGAAUAAAUCAGUUUCUCCGAAGAAGAAUGGUAUUAAAAAGGUUGCUAGAAAUAAAAAGCGUAAAGAGGCUGAAGAUAAAAGCAAUGAUAAUACUAAAAAAUUGAAUAUAACAAAGAAUAAGCUUAAUAAAGAGAGUUUAUAUAAUAAUAGCGACGUUAUAAGAAGGAAAAAUAAGAAGAAGCCUGAAUCCCCUGACUAA